AUGCUCGUGGACGAUGGCGUGGCAGUGGGCCCUGGCCACGACAUUCUGGAGGAGCUCAUGGAUGUCAGCUGGACAUGGGAGCUUCCUGAAAACCCCACGGCGAAAACCUCAGGGCUGCCGCAGGGAGCAUCGCCACAGGCGCUGCAGGCGCCUCGUCCCCCAGUCGAGGUCGGAGGCAGGCCGGGCGCCGUCGCCGCUGCCGCACGGCUGGUCCUGCGCAGUCACGAGACGGAGGGUCCUUCCCUGCUUGUCGCGCCGUGCGGGCGCCGCUUCAGGGCUGCCGCGACCGUGGGAGAAGAUGCGAGGCAGUUCGGAUUUCGCGUCCUGAGCCAGUCCCUGAGCUUGGACGCCGACAACAGGGUCUGCAAGCUGUUAGUACGCAGCGAGUCCAUGGCACAGGCCACGCCCUGGGAGGUGACCGGGGACCUGGUCUGCGAGCUGGGCAUCCCGAAGGUCCUCGCGGGCUCGCUGAUCUCGAAGGCCCGGGACUGCCGCAGGCCCAAGUACGGGGUAGGGUGCCAGAAAGAGGCGACGAGGAGCCAGUUCGCAAAACACGGCGACAGCCCGCCGCGCGGUGUGGGCGCCGCCGGCCCCCCGGUGUUGCACGUCUUGUCGCUGGGCUCGCGCUGCCUGGUGGCCCGGGCGCUGUCCGACCUGGGGUUUCGGCGUUACGCCGGGCCGCUCGACUGGGUGUACUCGAACACGGAGAUGGUGCGGUGCUGCUUGAAGGACGGCUUCGCGCAGUUCCUCGAGACGCGUAAUUUGGUGCCCUCGGGGUCGGCCUGGGGCCACAAGGCGGCUGGAACACCACGUGGCUCCAAA